AGCAUCCUCGUCACGUGGACAAAGGGGUUCAAGUGCAGCAGCGUGGAGGGGAAAGACGUGGUGUCGAUGCUGCGCAAGUCCAUCAAGAAAAGAGGGGACUUUGACAUUGAUAUCGUGGCCGUGGUGAACGACACCGUGGGGACCAUGAUGACCUGCGGCUACGAUGAUCAUAACUGUGAAAUUGGCCUCAUUGUUGGCACCGGUACCAACGCCUGCUACAUGGAGGAGAUGAGGCACAUUGACCUAGUGGAAGGGGACGAAGGUCGGAUGUGCAUCAACAUGGAGUGGGGGGCCUUCGGUGAUGACGGCGUGCUCAACGACAUCCGGACGGAGUUCGACCGCGAGAUAGACAUGGGCUCGCUCAACCCUGGCAAACAAUUGUUUGAGAAGAUGAUCAGCGGGAUGUACAUGGGGGAGCUGGUCAGGCUCAUCCUGGUGAAGAUGGCCAAGGAAGGGCUCUUGUUCGGAGGAAAGCUCACGCCAGAUCUGCUCACUACCGGCCACUUUGAGACCAGAUACGUCUCUGCUAUUGAGAAGGAGAAAGAAGGGCUGCAGAAAGCCCAUGAGAUCCUCUCCAAGCUGGGCCUGGAGCCAUCUCAUGAAGACUGUGUGGCCACCCACCGCAUCUGCCAGAUCGUCUCCACCCGCUCGGCCAACCUGUGCGGGGCCACGCUGGCAGCCGUGCUGCGACGCAUCAAGGAGAACAAGGGGGUGGAGCGGCUGCGGUCCACGGUCGGCGUGGAUGGCUCCGUCUACAAGAAGCAUCCGCACUUUGCCCGGCGCCUCCAUAAGACAGUGCGGAAGCUGCUGCCGGACUGCGAGAUCCGUUUCGUGAGGUCGGAAGAUGGCAGCGGCAAAGGGGCAGCCAUGGUGACGGCGGUGGCCUACAGGCUGGCCGCCCAGCACAAGGCACGGCAGAAGAUUUUGGAGGCCCUCAAGCUGAGCCACGAGCAGCUCCUGGAGGUGAAGGAAAGGAUGAGGGUGGAGAUGGAGAAUGGGCUGGGCAAGGAGACGCACGCAGAGGCGACGGUGAAAAUGCUGCCCACCUACGUGUGCUCAACGCCGGAUGGGACAGAAAAGGGCGAUUUCCUCGCCCUGGACCUGGGAGGUACCAAUUUCCGUGUGCUGCUGGUGCGCGUGAGGAACGGCAUGAGGCGCGGCGUCGAGAUGCACAACAAGAUCUACUCCAUCCCGGUGGAGAUCAUGCAGGGGACGGGGGAGGAG